AUGGGUUCAGCUCACGACUUCUUUGAUCCUUUCUUCGUGCCCUCAGACGACGAAGCGCUUACGUUCUUCUCUGAUAUAUCGCCAUGGGUUGCCUUUGCCGCAGCAUCAGACGGUGUCUCGCUCCCUAUUGAGGGACAAGGGACAAUAGCUGUCCUUGCCGAAUUAGAAAAAGAAGGUUCAUUGACAUUUACUGUCCAAAAUGAGCAGAAGACUGUGACCCUUACCUUCACGGCCAAGCCAAAAAGUUGCAAUUUGCAGUUCAACUCGAGCUCUGAAGAGCAAAUUCUGCAGGAAGAAAUUCCGCUGACCCUAAUUCCCACCAGAGUACCAGGGGACUAUAUCUUCCCCCAAAAGAAAAUCCCGUACUGGCUAUCCAUUGACAAGAAUUAUGGGAGAAUAAGGUUUGGAACACGUAUGGUGAACAAUCGCAUGACAUUGGUCGAGGCGCAGCUUAAAGAAAAGAAAGACAAGGGCGUCUGGGAAUGGAAGGAAAAGCAAUACAAAGUUUUAGAGAAGUUGAAGAUCGUUAAGGUCGAACCGAACGAAAAAAUCUCCCAGACUAGAAUCAAUCGUCUGCCUGUUGUUCGUGAUCUACCCCCUGUUGUUGCUUCAACGGAUGGAGUUACCCUGGGCGAGCUGGACAGCGGCACCCGCGUGGUCUUCGCGGAUUUGCCAACGGCAUGCCAAACGCUCUACCACAAUGUGGCUGGCCCGAAGAUUGUUCUUAAUACCUCCGAAUUCCCAGAUUUCUACAAUGCCAUUCAUCGAUCCGUUAUAACGCCUGGUUGUUGGGCAUAUAACAAACUGAAAGAGAAGUCCAAAGACCACGACCCCGCCAAUGGCUACCUGAGGGUAACAGUUGGGCCAAAUAUGGGUAAUUCACCCGGUGUUCCAUAUGUUAUGGAGAUAUGGCCACCAGGUAACAGCUCGCCAAUUCACGACCAUGGUAACGCUUCAGCUAUUAUCAAAGUCCUUGAGGGUCAGAUUGACUGCACUUAUUACGAUUCUAUCGAUGUGGGAAAACCAAUCGUGAUUGGCAGCGUUACUUUCAAUAAAGGGGCUGUUACCUGGCUGGGUGAGAAGCAAUAUCAGAUCCACAUGCUCAAGAACAAGUACCACAUGACUUGUGUAACCAUACAGUGCUACCGAUAUGAGGAUUCCGAUGACCAGCAUUCGGAGUUUUUCAGAUUCAUUAAGGACAACAAAAUAACUAACUUCGCUCCAAACAGUGACAUUCAAUUCAGCGAGUUUGAGGACAAGAUGCGACACGAAUGGGACCAACAGUGA